CAGUACGUUGAAAUCAUCAUGUUAUGGACUGCAAUUUUACUGUUUCAUGGAAUUCUUGCAGUGUUUGUAAUCUACACCAGGCGCUCUAGAAAGAGGACAGAGCCACCUUUAGACAAAGGCAAUAUUCCUUGGCUUGGCCAUGCCCUUGAAUUUGGAAGAGAUGUAGCUAUUUUUCUGACUCGGAUGAAGAAGAAGCAUGGCGAUAUUUUUACGGUGCGCGUCGCUGGACAUUACGUGACUGUGCUUUUGGAUCCCAACACUUACGAUGAUCUGCUGUCUGACACAAAGGCUCUUGACUUCAAACGCUAUGCCCAGUUGCUCAUGCAGAGGAUGUUCAGUCUUAACAUGCCCAAUCAUGACCCCUUGACCGAGAGGGCCUGGAUGGAACGGCACUUCCAGGGGCCGAAUCUGAUGCAGCUGUGUGAGUCCAUGCAGAACAACCUCCAGCUGCUAUUCAACGCCACAGAAGCGGCACGGAAUCCACUGCAGUGGAGACAAGAAGGGCUCUUCAGCUUCUGCUACAGUCUGCUCUUUAGAGCCGGUUAUCUCACCUUGUUUGAGGUGGAUAGGAAUGACAUCACACAACUUACCACAGUCUAUGAUGAAUUUCGCAAGUUUGAUGGGCUCCUUUCCAAACUUGCUCGUUCGACCGUGAAAAAAGAGGAGCGGCGAGUGGCCAGAUGUGCCCAGGAGCGUCUGUGGGAGCUGCUGAGCGCGUGCUGGCUGGGUGGGGGGGCCAGCAGGGCCCAGGGGAACACCUGGCAGCAGAGUUACCUGCAGCACCUGCAGAGUGAGAGUGUGGAGCAGGAGAGCCAGAGGAGGGCCAUGCUGCUGCAGCUGUGGGUCACACAGGGAAAUGCAGGCCCAGCUGCUUUCUGGCUGUUGGGUUUCUUGCUGACACACCCUGAGGCAAUGCGUGCUGUGAGAGCAGAGAUCAGAAGCCUUCAGGAACAGCGCCACCCACUGGUCAGCCUGCAAAAGAACACUCCGGUUUUAGACAGCGUCCUCAGUGAGACUCUGCGUCUCCGCGCGGCGGCCCUCAUCACCCGGGAGGUGGUGCAGGACAAGCUGCUACAGGUGAGCGGGGGCCGCGAGUACCUGCUCCGCCGUGGGGACAGAGUCUGCCUCUUCCCCUUCCUCAGCCCGCAGAUGGACGAAGAGAUCCACAGCGAACCAGAGAAAUUUAAGUACGACCGCUUCCUCAAUGAAGAUGGGACAGAGAGAAAAGACUUCUUCAAAAGAGGGAUGAGGAUGAAAUACUACAACAUGCCCUGGGGGGCUGACGGACACAUGUGUGUGGGCAGACACUUCGCUGUCAGUGGCAUAAAGCAGUUUGUGAUUAUGGUUCUCACAUCCCUGGACCUGGAGCUGUGUGACCAGCAGGCCGCUAUGCCCUCCGUGGAUCCCAGUCGCUAUGGCUUUGGAAUGCUUCAGCCAAUCAGUGACAUGGAGAUCAGAUAUCGACUGAAGCCAACCAGAAGCUACCUGCACACUCACCAGUGAAGACAAGACUAUAUUUGUGUUAUUUAUUUAUUUAUUUAUUUUACAAUUAGCUUAUUUAUAUAUAUUUAUAAACCACAUGUAAAUAAACAAUACAUGAUACUU